CUCCCGGCCGGGAGCAGGGGGGAGGCGGCGGAGCCGUGGGGUUUUCCCGGGUGGCCGGGCGGAAUGCAGGCGGCGGGAGCCGGAGCUGACCUCUGCCGCCGUCCUCCCGGCCCGCGGGCCCUCGGGCUCGCUCCCCGGGCCGCGGGCGGCCGCCCUCGCAGGCUUCAAAACAAGGCUGGGCUUCAGAAAAAGCGCCUGACCCGACCCACCCACUCCUUGCUCCAUCGCUUUGGAGUCCCGGUGUGGAAACUAAUUUGCCUUUUUAAUUAAGGCUUUCCAAAGCAUGGGAUCUCAAUGGGACGCUUCCAGAGAGAAACAGCUGAAAAUGAAGUUUACGUUGAAGAAAAGUCAGCAACUUGUCUUAACUGAGAGGUGCUAGGACAGGCUAGCAGUAGGUGGUGGGUGAUGUUCCUGGUUUUGUUUUGCUUGUUUCCUUGUCCACAGCGCUUGUAGCUGGAGAAACUUUUUAUGGUCAAUGUGGAAGUUCCUGAGCUGUGAAUUCUUGUAGAAGAUUGAUAGCUCUGCCAACAUUUGUUCACAAUAGAAGAUGGGUGGAUUAAUUUCAAGAUGGAGGGCAAAGCCUUCCACUGUAGAAGUAUUAGAAAAAAUUGAUAAGGAAAUACAGACAUUAGAAGAAUUUAGAGAAAAAAAUCAGAGGCUACAGAAACUAUGGGUUGGAAGGCUGCUUCUCUACUCUUCACUUCUUUACCUUAUCACGUGCAUAAUUGUAUAUUUGUGGUGUCUUCCUGAUGAAUGGACAGCAAGGUUGAUGAUGACACUUCCAUUUUUUGCAUUUCCAUUGAUAAUCUGGUUUAUAAGAACACUGCUCAUUUUUUUCUUUUCCAAAAGGACAGAAAGGAAUAAUGAUGCGCUGGAAGAUUUAAAAUCUCAAAAGAAAAAAAUACUUGAGGAAGUAAUGGAGAAGGAAACGUACAAGACUGCUAAAUUAAUCCUUGAAAGGUUUGAUCCAGAAUCAAGUGCAAAGGAGGCUGAACUGCCAUCUGCUGGAACAUCUGCAACCCCAAGACCUGGACAAGAAAUCCGUCAGAGGACCACAGCUCAAAGAAAUGCUUCUACGCCCCCACCUGUGACUCCUAAACAAGGCUCUCCAAAAUCACUGGUUCCAGCAUCUCCUAAUCUGCAGAGAGACACAUCAGCUCUGAGUGGACCCCCAGAAAGAACUGUUGUGCCAUCCUUGCAAUCAAAUGUUUUACCAAGACACCCUGGAUCCCCUGCUACUUCAGUGCCUGGAAUGGGUCUUCAUCCUCCAGGCCCUCCUUUAGCAAGACCUAUUCUUCCUCGAGAAAGAGGAGUUGUGGAUAGAGUUAUUGAAUAUUUGGUUGGUGAUGGUCCUCAGAACAGGUACGCCCUUAUAUGUCAGCAAUGUUUUUCUCACAAUGGUAUGGCUUUGAAGGAGGAGUUUGAAUACAUAGCAUUUAGGUGUGCCUACUGCUUUUUCCUGAAUCCUGCAAGAAAAACUAGACCGCAGGCUCCACGACUUCCAGACUUCAGUUUUGAAAAAAAGCAAUCUGCAGAAUUGCCAUCUGAAACUGAGCCUCUAGAACCUAGAGAGGGAAAGCCCCAGGAGACUCAACAGACAGAAGACUCUGAAGAAGACACAGCCCAGAUUGUUGAAACAAAUGAGACAGAUAACAAAGCACUAAGUCCUGAGCAGCUAAAUGAUAAGCUAGCUGAAGAAGUUGAAAAAGAAGCAGCAGAAAACAUUUCAACAACAGAAGACACUAUUUCAGAGUCUAUUUCAGCUGAACAAAGUGAAGAAUCUUUAGUGAAAGCAGAAUAAAGUACUUCAAGUGCCUUCUGUAGCUAGUUUUGAGCUUUGUUCAUGCCUGUUGUUACUAUUCAGGUGAGCUUUUUUUAAUGGUACAACUUAAAAAUCUCGCUUGAGCUUAAACUGCCUCAACUGCCACAGUAUGUCAAAGCUAUGUGUAAAGUGGGUAUUGUAAAUUAAGCAUGUGUCUUUAAAUGUUAACACACAGAAUGUAUAGUUGAUUGAAGUUUAACAGUUGUAGCCAUCAUUCAGUUUGCAUAUUUAAAAACUUAAAAGUAUAAGCUUUGCUAAGGGUGACCUACAAUUUGACAUCUCUUUAGCUCUCGCAUAAAGAGCAAUUAUUGAGAGCAACUGACCUAGUAAGUUUGGUCUAGUGAACUUAAGAUUAAAAGCAUUAACUUUUAAUGCUUCCCUGUUAAAAUGAAUUGAGUACAUUUUAAAUACACAGAUGUUUACAAGCUCGUGUCAUCUGACAUUUGACUUAAGCAUAUGGAAAGUGUCAUUACAGUGGUGUUAAUAUUAUUCAUUGUCUAACUUUUAGACAGGGUUCAGUUAAAUAGCACUCAGAUAAAUGGCAUCUCCUUUGGUAUUUGCGUUGCAGAUGAACCAGAGGCACAUACAUACAGAACUGUUUUGUGUUUACAGAAAAAUAGAAAGUUUCUGCACUUGAUUGUACUUGAAUACAAAGCACUAUUUAUACCUGUACAAUAAUGACAAGACGUAAGUGAAUUUUGUGCCUUUGUGUAUUUUGUUAAAGGAAAAUAAAGACAUCUAGCAGCAA